UUGCUUUUGACUAAGGUGUCUUAUAAAUCUUUCUCAUCUAACAUUUCCGAUAUGUCACCUAGGCCCUAGCCAGGAUCUGCUUUCAGCGCAUUGUCACUGCCUUCAGGCUUCACGUGUCAUAUAGCUUAUUGCCUUAAUGGUAUAAAUAGAGGUCCAUUGUAUUUGUUUCACCUUUCUUUUGCUGCCUGCCUUGGACAACUGUUAACUAGAUUGGAAAAAUCAAUUUCAUGGCUUGGAACAACGGUCACACUAUUGAGCAAAAUCUGCAACGUUGUUACGAAUUAGAUUUUGACUGGGAUUUAAUACCCCAUAAACUUCAACAUGUAAGUAAUUGUAUUCUCGUGUAAAUACAUUCAUUACUGUGAGAAGUGUUGGCUUAUAUAAAACGCUGAAAUUAACGCCAAUACUAAUUUACUAUACACUUCUUUAUAUAGGUUUGUGAAAUCUUUGGCAAAAGGAUGAAGCAACAAAAAACAACUGUGCUGUUUGCCCUUUUAACCGCAGUUUCGUUCGUUUUGGGUCAUGCAUCCGUAACUGUUAAGGAUGGUUGGGAGGAACCUGUUGUUGUUUGGCUGGCAGUUGUUCUCAAAACAGGUAUAUUUUCUACUUUUACUAAUAGCGUAUUGUUAUAUAUUACGGGCCUUUACGGCCAUUUAUACCAGAGAAAAUAAGUCAGGACUAAAUUAUGUUCCAUCUUAUUUAAGUCACUACAAUACUUCUAUAAUAUAUAAAUGGUCAGAUUCUGUUAGGCCCCCACUUAUUUUCGAUCAGCAUGACCAACGGCAACUCCUGUUCUUAUUUUACUUUCGACUUACAUUGCUAACAAACAAAUUGGCCAUUUAUACUAGUGUGUUCGUGACUUUAAAUUUAUCAUUACACGCGUCUUAUAAGUCCAUACUUAUUUUCUCUCGUUAGUGCACGUGGCCUCCUUAUGCCUUGAUGGUUGACAGACUAACUGUUAUUACCCUCGCACUGCAUGAUAAAUGUCUUCUUCAACUUCUAUGUAGGUCUUUGGCCAUGGAAAACUGUACAGUUAAGUGAAAACUUUCCUGGCUUUGUUUGUGUAUUGGGCAUAAAUUAUAUUUUCUAAUUUAUCACCCGCUCCACCUCCAUAAUUUCAUUCAUUUUGGUAUCGCUAAUAUAAUAAGAUUAGAUCAGUGGCCAAGAAUAGCAGUGGCCAAUAAAACUGAGUGGAACACGACCAAUUUAAACCUGUUUCUGUUUAGGCGCGAAAUACACGACGCUUGCGGCUAAAUAUCUGAGUUGCUCAAAAUGGAUUUUCCAGGUUUAUUAAUAUGACCCACCUCCGAAACUAUAUUCAAUUUCAUAUCGCUAAGUCUUAGCUUAUACAAGGCCCGAUGAUUUCAGGAAUAACACAACUGAGUGGAACAUGAAAAGGCAAUUAAGCCGUUUGUGUAUGCGCGAAAUAUCUCACGCGAUCGAAUAAUUUUUAGGUUGACUUAAUUAUAAAUAGAAUAAAGUUAUGGGCCCGGUUAACCUAAAAUUCAAAGCCCACUAUUCACUAAUUCCCAACGGCUUGUUUUUAACCGACCGAUGAUCGCAGGCUAGGGGAACGAGAUUGAACAAUAUUUUUAUUUCCGUAUGUGCCAAAUUAAUAAAAAAUAUUUUUCAUCGGAAUUUCACGCAAGACUAUAAACCAAAUUCUGUUAAUAGAAAGUGUUGCCAUUCGCAUGUCCGUAUUCGCAGUUUUUAGUGAAUGGAAAGUUGAAUUCGUUUAAAAAAAAUUUAAAUGGACCAUUCCUCAAUUAACCAAAAUUUUAAACUCAACAAGUCUAGACAAAAAAUUUAUCACAGCUUGAAAGACUAAUAUCAGAAAAUUAGUAAUAUCAGUCCAAAGUUUCAUUGCAAAAUGUUGUAAAAUGCGGAAAAUAUAGCCUUGCGAAGUUUGCAAUUUUCAGUCAUUUUAGAUUACAAACGGGAAAUGGUUACCGCUUCUGUGCGUAAUACAAAAUGACGGAAAAUUGCAAAUUUCGCAAGGCUAUAUUAUCCGCAUUUUACAACAUUUCGUAACGAAACUUUGGAACAUUACUAAUUUUGUGAUGGUCUUUCAUGCUAUGCCUAUAUGAUGGAAUUUUGUGUAGACUUGUUGAGUCAGUCAUAAUUUCGGUUGCUUGUCGUUGGGGGAAUGGUCAUUCCUAUUCAGUUUUUAGUUCAGAAUAAUAAAAUGUUUUAUAAUCUGUUUUCCAUUUUCACGGAAACGAUUGUCCAAAAUAAUCUAUGUCACGGUCCACGGAUUAUAUUAAUGUAACCCUGCACAUCGCAAAUAACAAAUGUAAAUUCACCAUGACAUAUUUCUUCUGCGAGCUAAUCUCUAUUUCUUAGCAUUUCAACCAUGACUAUUAUUUACUCUCCGAUACGCCAUUAUACAUUUCAGUUAAUUGUAUUUCAUUUUAAAAUCGGGUGCUUUUUUAUGCCAUUUCAUUUUCUCUUUUUGACAUUUUCUAAAUUCUAUAUUAUCAAAUUGAUUGUAUUGCUUGCUGUUAAUUGCUUAUAUUGCCAAAUUAUUGCUUUGUUAUAUAAAAGCAUGCAUGUAUCUCUUACACAAAUAUAUUUUUAUUAACAGGAAGAUGUAAAUCUGCAUUACAUCAUUUCCUUGAGAACCUAAUUGAGAAAGUUCACAAUAAUGUGCCGUCUGCAACCAAGGGCGAAAAUGGAAUAUCCCUUUCCCCAGGAACAAUGCUUCUUCCCCAUUGUACUUGGGAGAAGUUCGGAGACAUUUUGGCCAAUAAUGGAGGACGGAUAUAUGGUCUAUUCGACGAAUUAGUGUCGUUUUUCUCCACAAUGAAUAUGUACAGCUCAUCCAAAUCGACAGUGCAAGAUAACCGCGAAUACCAGGAUUUCCUGAAAAUGUUUACUGGAAAAGCAAAAAAUCGCGAAACUAGUAAGUUUUAUGUAGUGUAUAUCAUACAUUUAAUACUUCUUUUUUCCAUACAAAAAGUCUGGUCAACUAAAUUAACCUUAAUCCUUUUCCAAAUUAAAUUAGUGCACACCUCGUAUGCGGCUCAAACCAGCUUGGCCAAUUGACUGCAAACUUUGCCAUGUCCAUUUUGCACAAGGCGUCUGUUUGCCCGGCAAGUGUUACUACAAAAUAUAUGUUUCCUCUAUUUCGGUUAGACUUGGAUCAAGUCCGUCUCUCAAGAGUCCGAGGGAUCAGGCGCACGAGGUGCAAUCGAGACGGACUUGAUCCAAGUCUAUAUUUCGCUGAGAACAGAAAGUUUUGUUGCUUCUUUUUGCAAAAUAUUAUUACCGUCCCACAAAAAUGCUUCUCCUUACUCAUUUCAACUUUAUAGGCGGAACGAACCAUGUACGCCGUAAGACUAUUUUCAACAAAUUUAACAUAAUGACCCAUUUCAUGCAUUGGCCCUGCAUUCAGAUAUGAGAUCUCGCAUUCUCGUCUCCUUCAUUUGCGGCGGCUACCAAAGUGUGCUUAUGAUACAGUAACAAAUCUGGAAAAUAAUAAACAGUACAAUUAGCCAGCAUGUUGCCACUUGCAACUUAACCGGCAAACCUUUCUAUUUAUUUUCUAGUCACGGGAAACGCUAAUUUCAACAUGAGGCAAACAUCCUUCACAUUGCUUGGCUUCACACAGCCACAAACAGCAUUGCCCAUUAUUCACAAUGCAAAAGGCUUCACAUCGAGAAUAUUGUGGUACUUCCCAAAUCCGAUUUUUCGACGCCUUGCUGAUUCUGAGCUCACGGAGGACGAAAAAGACGCGUGUGAACAGUGGGAACAAAAUCUAGGUAUAGUUGCAUUUUUUUAUACAUUCAUAUAAUUACACUGAAUCGGGGGCGUAGGAACCGGGGGAGGGGCUAGGGGGCCAAUGCCCCUCAGGUUUUCAGAAGACACAAAAAGUGUCCUUUUUCGGGUGGCAAAGUGCCCUUUGCCUUCUUGAAAAAUGUCGUUCAUAUUGCAUUUUUGACUCAGACAUAUUAAAAAGCAACGUCUGUGAGUCUUUGUGGUUACUUGAAUGUGGGCGAGUCAAACAAUGACAAAUGACGCACUCUUUGUCUGCGAAUAGGGCCUUUUACAGCACGACAAAUGGCAAAAUUUGCACAACGCUAGUUUGCAAAAACUACUGCAAACUGCUUUAAUUCUUUCUUUCACUUUGAUCUUAUCCGUGAAUUGGCCUCAACGGCCUUUUAUUUAUCAUUCUCUACCCCCCCUUCCGGGGAAAUAUUUUUUGUGCCCGCCAAAUCGUUGCCCCCCCCUCCCCCCCAAACUUUUUUAUUAUGUUCACUUGUGCAAAAAUACAAAAACGUAAUAUUAGAUACUGUAUAUCACUAUAAUCUAUAUUAAAACAAUCGACAAAUUCUUCCUAUCAAAGUACCAAUAUAGUCAAUAUAGCAUUAAGUAAAAACUAACACUUAAGACCUACUAUCAAACUUACUAGUCUACCUAAUUCACAGUUGUAUAAACAGUGUGUAUAUAUACUAUAUGUGCUGUUCUUUUAAAUGCAAUUCUAUUGUGAAAACUAUGCAACCUAUUUUCUGCAUGUCACUUUUUAAUUUCACGGACAAUAAACCUAACACCGUUCCAGUUUCGUAACCCUUCCAGUUUCGCCACGGUUAACCGUGAUUUGACGAUACUGUAGAAACUGAUUACCAAUGAUUAAUUUAGUGUUGGAUGAAACAGGCUGUACUGCCAACCUUUUGAAUAUUCACAAUAACUCAAACCAAAACCGAUUGUUAACUGCAUAUAAUUGUAUGCGUCGUUCAUGUUUGUUAUUUAUUUAUUUAUACAUUUUUCUACAUUUAUUUCAGUCGAAUUCCUCACAAACCUCUACAUAGAUGGAGAAAAAACGUUUUCAAAAACGGAGGUUGGAAAGAUUGUGGAUGUCAAAGUGGAGAGAGAGCAAUAUAUCUUUUCACCAGAAGCAAAAUCCCUUUUUGCACAAAUACACGACAACUGGGAGAUGAACGUGUGCAAGAAGUUUCAAUCCGAUGUCCUCCUGAGUGGUUCGUUUCAGUGAUUUCAGAUUUACUAUCAAUUAUUCGAGCUCCAUUUAAUUUUUCAGGUCCUAAUUACUAUAUCAUGUGUCUAAUAUUUUUUAUCCAUUUAUACUUACAGGAUUAUUUGCUAGAGGAAACAGUCAUGUUAUCCGCCUAGCUGUUCCCCUGCAUUUACUCUUCCAAGCAUUUGCUGAUGAAGAUGAAACUGACGCCGGUAAUGCUGAUGAAAGUGAUAGUCGUAAUGCUGAUGAUGCGAGGAAGAUCUGCGAUGACAUGCACGAGACGACUAUGGAUGAAAGUCAAAAAAACAAUGAAAGCCAAAUCUCUUUAGUUGAGCGAGAAUCGAAUAAUGCUUUAUCUGGUGUCAGUACUAAGGAUGGCGAGAAUGUAUGGACGACUAUUGGUAGUCCAGCG